UAAUUCCCUGAGGAAUUCUAUGGUAAUUAGGAUCUAAAACAUAUUCUUCAAAACCACAGAGGACCAUUCUAUAGAAUGUUGCACUUUUAAUGGGAGUGUUUUUAUAGCUUACUCCUUGACCUAAAAGCAUGCUCCAUGGAGAUACUCUAUUGAAAGGGUGUUUUAGUCCAGGAAUAGGCUUAUUCUGUUUCCAGGAAACCGGCCUUGAUUAUGAGAGUGCACACUGGUGUCUUUGGAACUGGCCUAUCUUUUGUAACAAAGUAGAGUGUAAUGGUUUAUUUUCCUCUUGUGAAAACAGUUUGCUUUGCAGAUGUUGCUGUGUAAUGUCAUUGAUCUUUGAGCAGAGGUGUGAAAUUUUUCUGUGACCACUGAUUCAUAGAUUAAGCACCUGAAUGGUUAGGAGCAGGGGUAAUUGAGUACUAUAUGAGAAGGUAUUGUCACAUUUCCUAGGUGGCAAAGGUCUGCCUACAGACCGCUAUAUCGAACUGCUAAUACAGUUUGGGGUGGCAGGUAGCCUAGAGGUUAGAGCGUUGGGCCAGUAACCAAAUGGUUGCUAAAUUUAUUCCCCGAGCUGACAAGGUAAAAAUCUGUCGUUCUGUACCUGAACAAGGCAGUUAACCCACUUGCGCAAACUAGCCUGUCAUUGUAAAUAAGAAUUUGUUCUUAAAUUACUUGCCUGGAAAAUAAAAAUACAGGACUUGUAAAGGCCCAGUGCACUACUAUUGUGAAACAAUAUUUUUGCCCUAAAAAUAUGUUUUAUUAAUUUAUUUUAUUUUGGGGGGGUGCUGCAGUACCCCUACUUCCUGCUGCUAUGUCUCUGAGUUCCAAUCUGUGUGAAUCAGACUUGAACGCUGGAAUUAACUGAUUUUCCUCUCCAGUAGAGGGCAGCAUCUUUUGGGCUUUUUCAGCACAUUUUGUUAACCUGGAAGUUAUUCUGUGAAAUGACUCGCAUCAGGCCACGAGUUGGUAUUUUUCUCUGAUUGGUAGGAUUGGUUUAACUAUAUGGUCCAAUCAAAGUUGAAAACGAAGGUCAAAGGCGGGGCUUACUUGCGUACGAGCCAAUCAGUGCCAAGUCAGUAAACCUUGCCUGGGCUUGUUCAGUCGAGUGUUCGGGACGGGUGGACGUGUCAGCAGAGGUGUGUUGCAGAUGUGAUACUACAUGGAAAGAGCGAUGUCUGAAGCAUGCACUUCAACUGGAAGUAAAACCAAUCGCAAAUCUUGGGGACUUAUCAACAACUACAGAUAUUUGUCCCGGAAAGCCAUGUUCCUCAGUGCAGUGGAGAACGCCAGAGCACGGAAGAAGCAUCAAAAGAAGAAUAACAUCUCCAAUAAGAGAAAAAGGAUAGAGGAAAACAAUAAAACGCCGGACACUAUCCAAAGAGUAAAAAAUAUAAAAUUACCUGCGAGACACACGUGUCUAGAAGUUGAUAGCACUCUAAAAACCACAGACUCAUGGACUCGUGUUGCUAAAUUUGAACUGCCAUUGCCCCCCACAGUAGAGGGUUUACCGAUAGCUGCUUCUGGGGACAACCGUGUAGCCAACCAGCAGACUUCAGAAGGCAAAAAUCUGGUUGGGGCCGCUCUGAGUGAACUAUGGGAGGUGGACAGUGGAUUCUCGUCUGAGGCCAGCCCUCCUGCUAGUGGACGCACUUCUCCCUGCCUCACCAUGUGCCCGACCACGGUGGUGGCAAUGGACUGCGAGAUGGUUGGUACAGGGCUGGCUGGGCGCACUAGUGAAUUGGCACGCUGCAGCUUGGUAGAUUACCAUGGCAAUGUCCUCUACGAUAAGUACAUCCGUCCGUGCCAGGCUGUGACCGACUACAGGACCCGUUGGAGUGGCAUCCAGAGGCACCAUUUACAGAACGCUCUGCCCUUCCCCAAGGCUAGGACAGAGAUACUUGGAAUACUGGAUGGGAAAGUGGUGAUCGGCCAUGCUCUGUACAACGACUUCCGGGCCUUGGAUUUUAACCACCCGGGUCACAUGAUCAGGGACACAAGUGGUAUGCGUCUGCUCAGGCGACUGGCUGGCUUCCCCACAAAGCGCUGCGUCUCACUCAAGAUCCUGGCCAACAGCCUCCUAAACAGGAAAAUACAGGUUGGAAGGAGGGGCCACAGUUCAGUGGAGGAUGCUCUGGCUUCCUUGGACCUGUAUAAACUAGUGGAGGGGGAGUGGGAACAGGACAUGCGAGAGAGAAUGACGGACCGAGGCACAGGCAUUCUCCCAGACCCCGCUACCUUAAACCACUACAUGCAGGACCAGUACUGGCCAGAGGACUUGACUGAUGAUGGCCAUUGAGAGAAGCCUGUAUAGUAGGGUUGAUGGGGUAGAUGUAGGCCAAGGGGUUUUAAGUCAAAUGAUCCAAGUUUGGCAAGCAUGGCAGUAUGGUUUAGUCAAUAUCAAGCUGCUCUUCUGACUGGCUAUUAACUGAAGUUUGUGGAAAAAGAGGUGAUAUUAAAUGAAUCUGAUUAGCUGAUGUUGCACACAUUCAUGGUGGGAGCCACAGUUUCCACAGGGGAUAAGGUCAUGGCAACACAUCCAGUCGCUCAAUGUCAAGAAUGGCAAUCUUGGAACAAAUGCAAUGACACGGGAUUUAUUUGAAUGCAUUGCAUCCAUAUGUCUUUUGUGUAUGUUGAGCAUGUUUGACUUAACAUGUAGAUAAAGUGGUAAUCGGAUACGAAACACAUGCUUAACUUACUACUUGGAUAAUUACAACAAUGCCUGGAAGUCUAUGGGUAUCUGCUAGCAGCCCUUGUUAUAACACCAGUUAAAAGGUAGUUUUGCAAACCAAUGUUCACUUCCUUCAUACUGGACACACACAAUUUUAUUAUCCAUGGGUUCAUCGAACUCUGGAAGUACUGCCAACUUGAUGUUUUAUGCUGCUGUUCUAUGAAGACCCUGCUGUGCCUGUGCCCUAAUUGGAUAUCAAUAUAUUGGAAUAAAAAUAAUUUACGAAAA